AUGCAGAAGCAACUGAUGUUCAAGCUGUUGAAGGAGGUGAAAGCGUUGCGGAAGGAGUUGAAGGACGUCAAGCAAACGCUUGCUGCGGCUUUCGAGGCCAUCGACGUCAACAAAGACGACACGGUGUCAAAAGAGGCCAGGCGCAAGGCAGUGGCGAAGAAAAACCAAGAGGCACGUGCCAGGAAGCUGGAGCAGGCAAAGGAGAAGGAGGACGCCGAGAAGGCUCGCGCAGAGGAAGCGGCCAAGCGCAGGGCAGAAGAGGAUAAGAAGGAGCAGGAGGCUGACGCCAAGAAGCUGGAGGAGGUUGCAGAUCGGUUUUCCUCGGCCUCCGUCUCGAAGGCUGCGACCGUGGAGGAGAUGCGACAGACAGCCAGAGAUGCGCUUCUGCAGGGGGCAAAAUCCGGCAAGCUGCUGGAGGUCCUUCGCGAGAGAACUUCCAAAGUCUUCAGCCCAAAGCCCUGGAAUCCGAAGACACGCCUUGCCGACAAGCAGCACCUGAUGCCAGUCAUCACCCCGGCCUGUCCGGCAAUGAAGUCUAAGCAUAGUGUAACCGACACCACGAAGCGGAUUCUCCUCGACGAGUUUCGGCGAGGAUACGAGGUAGUGAACAAGGUGGAGAACAACAAGGCUGACUGGAAGGAAGUUCACAACCCCUUCCAUUUCUUCAGCAACGACCGCUUCAAGCAUUACCUCUGCCUGGAAGUGCUCGCCAAGAGCGCCGCAGCGCAUGUCAAGUUCUGUGGUUGGGUGGAGACCCAACUGCCCGUGCUGCAUAAGACCCUGGAGGGUGCAGUGCCCGGUAUGGUGAUCCAUCCGAACCCCGAGCAGUACGAGCUGAGGAGUGCAGACAGUGAGUGGGGAUGGGGCUGCGGAAGAUUCAUUGGACUGACCUUCCUGGGCGACCAGGGCUCUUACGUGGGUCAGACGGUGGACCUGAGGCCAGCUCUCCACCAGUUCGCCGACGUCGCCUCACAGUGGCCCGAGUACAACGCCGAGGAGGUUAAGCUCAAACUGAAGACAGUCAAAAGGACACAACUCCCGGAGUAUGCGCUGAAGGCCGAGCGGUUGCGCAAGGAGGAGGAGGAGGAGGAGGAGAAAAUAGCAAAGGAGAAAGCCUUGGCGGAAGAGGCCACAAGGCAAGCGGAGGCCGAACCGAUGACAGCAGAGCGUGCUGUCGCGAAAGCCGGCGCACAAGCAGCCACUCAGCGCAUUCUGCCUUUGGCAUCAGCAAAUGCUCGUGUACAUCUGCAAGCUGAAGCGGCAGAAGCCGCAUGCCGUGAGGAAGAGCAGAGAAGAGCUGCCGAGGCGAAGCAGGAGUUCCACCAGCUUCUUGCCGGGGGCCUCGCCGAGGCCGCAGAGGCGGUGAGCGGCUUUGCGGCCGCCGAGCACUUGGCGGCUGCGGCCCAGCAGCUCCGGGAGGUGGACGAGGUGGAGGCCCCCAGUGCGGAGCUCGCUCUGCGGGCGCUGCGGGCGUUGAGCCUUGCUGUGGGCAGGCGCAGGCCACUUUGCCCGAGCCCGCCGCGGCUCGGGUGCGCCCGCGAGCCCUCGGGGCCUCCGGGCCCGUUCCGGAUUCCUCCGAGCGGCGGGUACUUCCCCGGCGCGGAGGAACUGGAGGAGGACAGACGGCUGCUGGGCAGCAGUCGACGCAAGGCUGCCCAGGCUGCCAACGAUUACAUGGCGUCGUCUUCCUCCGCCGCGUUUUUGCUUGAUUCUCUGCUGGGACCGAAGGGCGUCGUCGGCAAGCCAGAGGCAACCCACUUCCCUGCAACACGCCUCGCGUCGACAGUCGCCCGGGAACCGGCUGCAAGUGCAAGCGUGGGAACGCCAUCGAUGGAGGGGGUAGCUUCCCGUCUCAAUGUCGAACGCUUCGCAUGCGCGAACCCCGCCUGCCAGUACCUGGCCUCGGACAGCGGGCACUUCGGCGGAUACUGCUGCAAACGUUGUCAUGCGUCCCAUGAGUACGGGCAUGCUGUUGCGCAUGGCUGCCGAUGCGCUGAAGAAAUCGCGCCUCCGGGGCUGCCUCGUGCUCGACUCAUUGCCCCCGCACAGCCACUCCGGAAUGGCCGUCCAUGUCGUCACCGCGGCGGAGGGCGGAGGUAG